AUGUUUUUAGAUCAGCCAACAAAAGCAUUUAAAUACCCAUCAUUUGCAAAUCCCACUUUAACAAUUUCUGCCCUUCUCAAUGCAGAGUUGUCGGGAAAUAAUUUAGGUCCCAAUCUUCUUGAAAUAAAUAACAGAUCAUUGGGGGACCCUGGUGACAGGCGUUUUCAAUGUGAAGUCUGUGGCAAAGGGUUCAGUUUGUUGGGCAAUUUGAAAACUCAUAGACGAAUACACAGUCAGGAAAAACCAUUCAAAUGUGAAACAUGUGGAAAGGGGUUCACACAGUCUGGAAACCUAAGAGCACAUGAGAGAAUACACACUGGUGAAAAACCAUUCAGCUGCCACAUCUGUGCAAAGAGUUUCGUUCAGAUUCAACACCUUAAAAGCCACAUGCGAACACACAGUGGUGAGCGACCGUACCAGUGUAAAGACUGUGGUAAAGCAUUCACACAGGCCAGUACGCUGAGGGCACAUAUUCGAAUUCACAGUGGUGAGCGGCCGUAUCAGUGUAAAGUAUGUGCGAAAGCAUUUUCACAGUCCAGCAACCUUAAAGAGCAUGUGCGUAUUCACACAAAACACCAAAAAUUGCCCAUCAACCAAGCGGCUUUAGUUGCGCUUAGUAAUGGCGUGGAUAUACCUGGGCUGUCCCCACUGGACGAGGAAGAUAAUCUGGAUGAUGACAGUAUUUUAGAUAUCUCUUUGAAUGAUUCACAUGCUGCCACUGAAAACUUAAUAUAA